AUGGAGAUGGACGUAUCCACAAUAGAUAUGAACAGGCAUCCUGUGAGGUGACUGACAAACCAUAAUGGCUGAUUUAUGGUAAAGACCUCUAGAAUUCUGUAGUAAGGCCAUGCCAAAUGCAGUAGAGAACUACUUACUGUAUGACAAGUACCCCCAGGAUACCUCCAGGCCCUAGUAGACACUAAGUGUCUGUGUGAUCAGAGCUGUGCAUCAUGAGUUGAAUAGUAUCAGAACCACCAAGUCAUACAGUAAGGCAGACCCUCCUAGUGACCCACCUGGAGUUUGGCUUUUUUGUCCCCAUGACUUUAAGUUCUACUUAAUUAAAGGGCCUAUUUCCAAGGCACAAAAUGUGAGAUUUCCUUCUACCAAGGCUAGUAAGUAUUCACUAAAUCUGAAGUUAUGGCUUUUAGCUGUCAUGUCAUCUCCUCACAAUAGAUCUGUAGGCAAUAUGACCCUGAUUAUGAAACAAUAAAGUUGUUGUCACAUAAUUUUGCAAUCACAACCUAGAGAGAUGUGUGAGGCCAGUCUUGGUGCUUCUGUGCUUAGUGGUAAGUACAGAGUGCAACUGCACCAGUCCUACCCUAACAAAGGCACCAUGACCUUAGAGAUGAAGGUCUUUCUUACCUCAUAAACAAAACUCAUUUUGCGUGCUACCUCUGAGAAUUUGCGUCUUACACUAAUUUGGAAAAAAUAAUCAGCUAUUAUCUUAUCAAAUAUGUUCUCCGUUCUCUGCUCUUACUCCUCUCUUAUGGGACACCAAAUAAAGACAUAAUUUCUCACAUUAUCUUUCUUGUCUUAUAUCCCCUCUUGCAUAAUUUCUGUCUCUUCAGCAGCAUUUUGGGAAAUUUCUUUAUAUCUAAUUUAAAUCUUUUUUCAACAGUGCCAAAAUCUACUCCCUCAUGUUUAAGCUCAUUCACUUUACUUUCCACUGAGUUGUUUUGGUUCGUUUUCCGGGACUUUUUUCUUCACUAAAACCUGUUCUCUUCCGCCUCCUCUUUCUUUCCUGCCCGCCAUCUAAACCUCCCCACCGCCUAGCUCGCCUCCCAGUUAAAGAGCGGAUACAGCCCAUCUAUAAAUUUUUCUGCGUAUCAGGAAGGGCCACGCCCAAUCUCAAUCCCAUCCGCCCAAUUGGAGCGCACGUCUAAAACACGCACGCGCAGAAAAGUCCGGUUAGAGGCCCGCGAAGGGAGGGGCUUUAAAUCUUGCGCAAGCGCAUUAGGUCCUGGUCGCUAUGCGGGUGCUUGUGGGUGGCGGGACUGGCUUCAUUGGGACAGCCCUAACCCAGCUCCUGAAAGCCAGGGGCCAUGAGGUGACAUUAGUCUCCCGACAGCCCGGGCCCGGUCGGAUCACGUGGGACGAGCUGGCCAAGUCGGGGCUGCCCAGCUGUGAUGCCGCCGUCAACCUGGCAGGAGAGAACAUCCUCAAUCCUCUCCGAAGGUGGAAUGAAACCUUCCGAAAAGAAGUGCUCAACAGCCGUCUGGAGACCACCCAAAUGCUGGCUGAAGCCAUUACCAAGGCCCCACAACCUCCCCAGGCCUGGGUCUUAGUCACAGGUGUAGCUUACUACCAGCCCAGCCUGACUGCGGAAUAUGAUGAGGACAGCCCAGGAGGGGAUUUUGACUUUUUCUCCAACCUCGUAACCAAAUGGGAAGCUGCAGCCAGGCUUCCUGGAGAUUCUACACGCCAGGUGGUGGUACGCUCUGGGGUUGUGCUGGGCCGUGGGGGUGGUGCCAUUGGCCACAUGCUGCUACCCUUCCGCCUGGGCCUGGGAGGCCCCAUCGGCUCAGGCCACCAGUUCUUCCCCUGGAUUCACAUCGGGGACCUGGCAGGAAUCAUGGCUCAUGCCCUUGAAGCAAACCACGUGCAGGGAGUUCUGAAUGGCGUGGCGCCAGCCUCCACUACCACCAACGCCGAGUUUGCACAGGCUUUGGGCAGUGCCCUGGGUCGCCCUGCCUUCAUCCCUCUCCCCAGCGCUGUGGUGCAAGCUGUCUUUGGGCGAGAGCGUGCCAUCAUGCUGCUGGAGGGCCAGAAGGUGGUCCCGAGGCGGACACUGGCCACAGGCUACCAGUAUUCCUUCCCAGAGCUAGGGGCCGCCUUGAAGGAAGUUGUAGCCUGAGCAGGGAGGCUUAUACGGAGGCCUGAGGCUUGUCCCUCCACAGAGGCUUCUUGGUCAGAUACUUAGACAGGCUCAGAUGCCUCUCUGCUUUGUAUCUGAAACCAUCUGGUUCUCAGAGAAUCCUCUCCAUUCCCCUUUCCGCCCCAUUGUUCUGCCACUCCACCGUAUUUAAAUAAAGACUGUCCAGUCAAUAAGGUUGUAAUCCCAUCAAAUUGGGACCUUAACCCCUUCCAAUCUGUGUGAAUUUCCAAGUUUAGUUUCUCUAGGUGUCCCACUGCUGCCCCAGUUCUCCUUUAUGCUGUGUAGAGAAUGUGCUGCAGCUAAGGCAAUAAAGAUAAAUCAUCUCACUAG